CUGGAUUGGUUGAAGUUACUGGCUGUCCACAUGUGCUUUAACUGCGAUUACAUGAUGUGUUAUGUUAGAAAAAUAUAGACUAAAUAUAACAGUGAUAUAAAAACUGGACAAACCCUAUAACUAAUUUAAGUCACAGUUUGAAGAUGCUGAGUGAUUCUGAGGCUGCAGAGCUGCUCUCCUUCCUGACACCCAACACACGGCCUGAUGUCAAAGGUCACGCCACCGAAUACUUCCUGGGACUGUCGGGAAACAGAGAUGGCUGCCGCUUCCUCCGCACUAAACCUGACAUACUUACUGCCUUGUUUGCGCUGACCUCUGACCCCUCUAUUGCGAUAGUGAAGGACUGUUUUCACGUCAUCAUCAACCUGUCAGCUGACGAGACGCUGCACCAGGUGCUGGUGAAUGAUGUUAAAGUUCUUCCGGUGUUGCUGAAGAACCUCGUGGAUCCAGAGUACCUGUUCUCUGAUCAGAUCUGCACCAUCCUGUCCAACCUGACCCGCCAUGAGAAAACCUGCAAGACUGUGUUCAAGGUCCUCGAGGAGGGAGUUGGUGUGGCUCAGCUGGUGGAGAUCUUCUGCACCGAAGGUUACAACAAAAAGGCGAAGCUCCACUAUCUCGGUCCUCUCCUGUCCAACCUGACACAGCUGCCCGAUGCCAGAAACUACAUGCUGGACAAAGACAGGUGUGUAAUCCAGAGGUUGUUGGCUUUCACUCAGUACCAGGGUUCAGCGGUGAGGAGGGGCGGAGUCAUAGGCACUCUACGCAACUGUUGCUUUGACCAUGCCCAUCAUGAGUGGUUGCUAAGCGACGCUGUGGACAUCUUGCCCUUCCUGCUGCUGCCGCUGGCCGGUCCAGAGGAGCUGAGUGAAGAGGAGAAUGAAGGUUUGCCCGUGGACCUGCAGUACCUCCCAGAGGACAAGAAGAGAGAAGAAGACCCCGACAUCAGAAAGAUGCUGCUGGAAACACUUUUUCUGCUGACAGCAACCAAAUCUGGCCGGCAGACGCUAAAAGACAAGAACGCUUAUCCGAUCCUGAGAGAGUUCCACCUCUGGGAGAAAGACGUCCACGUUGGAGCAGCCUGUGAGAAACUGGUCCAGGUGCUGAUCGGGGACGAGCCGGAGCAGGGCAUGGAGAACCUGAUGGAGGUGGAGAUCCCCGACGACGUGGAGGACAAACUGAAGCAAGCCGACGCCAAAGAACAAGAGGAGCUGGAGAAAGAGCAGAAGAGGAUAGAGGAGGAGGAAAAGGAAGAGGAGAGGAAGAAGAAGGAGACGGAGAAGGAGAACAGUGCUCCAGAGGAGACGGACAGAGAACAACAGGAAGGACUGACACGAUAAAAAAAAAAAAAAACCUGUUUUAGACUUUUUGUAACAUUUCUGCCUUCAGGUGGAUUUUUGUCAUUCGGUCAUCAGUUUCAUUUUACAGCUUUAGUCAGACGGGACGGGACGUUUACAGGAAGAGACGCGCUGCUCGGUGACAUUUAUCAGCUGGUUCGCAGACGGAGUGAUGAUGUCACAGCGGGCGAGAAAGUGAGUAAUGAUACAAAGGAAGGAAGAGUGUUUUCUGUUCUGUCACAAGCUGCGACUACGAUGGAGUUUGAAGGAUGAGGCCGCUUCUGUAUUUUUCUUAUUGUCACUAAAUCUCAUGAUCAGAGCCGAAUGAUCAUAUUCAGUGUUGAAAGUGUAUUUAAACUAAAGUGAAAGCAAAUCAGGUUGAAUGAAUAGUCACAGAGAACAGAAUAGUGUGGCUCAUUGAUGUGUUUUAAAUAGUCUGCAGCACAGAAGAAUAAGAUAUGUGAGGUUUGAAUACACACACAAUACAGAUUCAUUCAUAAGAUUUAUUAACAAUAAGAAAAAUAUAGAAAAUCUUAUUCUU